UCAUUAUUCCUGUCAUUAAUUAUGUCAUAAGAAAUCACAACAAUUCAUUUCGCAAGUUGAUAAAUAAUGGAGGACGAGUUACGUUGUGGAUUUUGUAAACAAUUAUACAGUAAUCCUGUAUUAUUGCCAUGUUAUCAUGCUUUAUGUCUAAAUUGUGCUAUACAAAUUCAGACGCCUCCUACACAACAGGUAUCCCAAGCUACUUCAGAAAAUGCAGAAAGCGUAGCCUCUGGCAGUUCAGGAGACUAUCAGGAAAGCGAUAAAUUAUCGAUAUUAAGUGAAACAGAUAGUGGAGUUGUUUGUACGUCUAGGCCUAAUAGUUAUAUUGGAUCUCCCAAUGGAGUUAUAUACAGCGCGUUAAGUUUAACAUGCCCGCUAUGUUCCAAAAUAGUAUACUUUGAUGAAAAUGGGGCAUAUAAUUUACCAAGGUAUAGGGUAAUGAAAAACAUAGUUGACAAGUAUGGUGAGCUACGUAAUUUCCAUCUGAAAUGUCAGAUGUGCGAGUCUGAACCACAUAAUGAUGCCACAGUUAUGUGUGAACAAUGUGAAAUUCUGUAUUGUGAUUCUUGUAGAGAAUCAUGCCAUCCUCUGCGGGGCCCAUUAGCAAAACAUCUACUCACAGAACCUCAAAAGGCUUUUUUAAUGUCUAGAGCAAAAGAUGGAAAGUGUGUUGAACAUGGAGAUGAAAUGUUGACAAUGUAUUGCUUAGUUUGUAAAAUAAGUGUAUGUGCAGUGUGUCUUAUGGACUCACGACAUGUUGCUCAUGAUGUUCAGAGCCUUGGUAUGAUGUGCAAAGCUCAAAAGACUGAAUUAUCCCACAAUUUGCAACAACUUUCUGAACGUGCUAAAUCUACAACUGAAUUCAUUCAACGUUUAAAAGGAAUGAGUGAUAAAGUUAAUGAAAAUUGUGAGGAUUUCGAAGCCAUUGUUACUGCUCAAUGUGAUGCACUUAUAGAAGCUAUUCAUUUAAGAAGAGCCCAACUCUUAGAAUGUAUUAGACAAGAUAAGGAGAUCAGAAUAAGGGCCCUCAAAGAACAAGUAGCUACAUGUACAAGUCGAUUGCAACAAACCACUGCCUUGUUACAAUUCUGUAUCGAAGCACUAAAAGAAACAGAUAGCUCUGCAUUUUUACAGGUGAGUUCAAUGUUGAUUGGGAGAGUUUCAAAUACAGAUCAAUCAUGGAGCAAGGAGUGGACAGCUCCACGGGUAUCACCUCAUUUUGAUCUCACCCUUGAUGAUAAAUCCGUCCUUAGAGCCAUUGAGCAGCUUAAUUUCAUACAGAUGAAACCUCCAGGAGCUCCAGCGAUGAUGCCGGAAGAAUGCAGCGCAGAAAAUAAUUCUGUCACGGUAGCCUGGAGACCACCUCCUCACAGCCAUGUCGAGGGAUAUGUUUUGGAACUGGAUGACGGCAAUGGGGGUGAUUUUAGGGAGGUGUAUUGUGGAAUAGAAACUAUAUGUACCGUUGACGGCCUACACUUCAAUUCCAUGUACAAUGCGAGGGUUAAAGCCUUCAACAAUUCCGGAGAAGGCGAAUACAGUGAGCUCAUUGGCUUGCAGACAGCUGAAGUGGCAUGGUUCACUUUCGACCCAAUAUUAUCCGGUACUGGCCUGCAAUAUUCCCAAGAGGCCACGAAUGUUACAGGGGAAGGUUGGGAACAUAUGGUGGCUUUGGGAAGUGUCGGAUUCAGUCGUGGUGUACAUUAUUGGGAAUUCACGAUUGAAAAAUUCAAUGCCGAUACGGAUCCGGCCUUCGGUAUUGCCAGAAUUGACGUAGCUAGGGAUAAAAUGUUGGGAAAAGACGACAAAGGUUGGGCCAUGUACAUAGACCGUCAGCGUUCUUGGUUUCAACACGCCGGCGCUCACGAGCAACGCGUAGAAGGGGGGAUAUCGACCGGGUCCACCGUUGGGGUGCUCUUGGAUCUCGACCAGCACACCCUCUCUUUUUUCGUCAACGAAGAACCGCAGGGUAGCACAGCUUUCAGAGACCUCUACGGGGUUUUCUACCCGGCCAUUAGCCUGAACAGGGGAGUGAGCGUUACUCUGCACAGUGCCCUAGAUGCGCCAUCAGACGUUGAGGAGACUUGAUAAAGAGGUAGCGUUAUUUUUACCGAACCCUUCUGUGACUUCUUUGUCCUGCUACGAAGAUCGAAAUGAUUUUUUUUUUCGGUUUGGUAUAAGUGAACAGGAUAAAUUACUCUUUCCUAAUGUUAAUAGUCCGAACGAUUAGAGAUGUAAAGUAUACAGGGUGGGCAAAAUUCGUUGUCCACUGAGGGGAUAUCUCGAGAACUAUAAGAGUUAGAAGAAAGCGGAUGUCACAUUGGGGAAUUCUCCUCAAUUU